GCCACAGGAAGCUCGGACGACAGGCUGCGAUGCCGGGCACUUCCGACAUUGCCCGCGCUGAAUGACUAAAGAUGCGGUCAUGAUUGGCUGUGGUCUGUCGUCAGCCCCACGUUCUCCAGCCCCAAUGUGGCUCCUUUGACUGAUGAUGUAGGCUUGGCGGAGGUCAUUGAGUGACGAAAAGAGCCUUGUUCGUGGCCGGUUGCUCAAAAAAUUCCGGCACGCAGCGGCAAAGAGAGGCGUUGAGCCAACUUUUUUUUUUACUAACGGCUCAUCCUGUUUUUCUUCUCCCUCUUUUCUUCCUCGUCUACCUUUUGCGCCUUUGACUCCUGUUCACCAACUUAAUUGUCUAAUAGCCACCACAACUACCUACCUCACAUCAACCCCAUAAAUCUAUCAAAAUGCCUGUCGGAGCCGGUGAUUCCAAGAAGGGUGCCAACCUCUUCAAGACCCGUUGCGCUCAGUGCCACACCCUUGAGGCUGGCGGCGGCAACAAGAUCGGUCCUGCGCUCCACGGCCUUUUCGGACGCAAGUCUGGUACCGUUGAGGGCUACGCCUACACCGAUGCCAACAAGCAGAAGGGUGUUGUCUGGGAUGACCAGACCCUCUUCGACUACCUCGAGAACCCCAAGAAGUACAUCCCCGGCACCAAGAUGGCUUUCGGUGGUCUCAAGAAGGACAAGGACAGAAAUGACCUCAUCACUUUCCUCAAGGAGUCUACCGCUUAAGUAAUAGAUCUAGAGACUUACUUUUCGGCGUAAAAGUUUGCUUUUUUUCUAUUUUCCUUGGCUGGGUUGUAAUAAUAGAGAGCGAAAGAGACACCAGGGGGAGUCUUUGCUCUUAGAUUUUUUUCUUGCAUUAGAUCAAGGGUUCGGGCGGCGUUGAUGAUGAGCAACUGCGUCCUUUUCAAACCACAACUCCCUACACCACCUCUGGACGGAUCCGACGAGGACACACGUUGGGUUCUUUCCGAUAUACCUCUCUGUACCAUAGCACACAGUAGUAGAUCUGCUUUACUACACCUAGAUGAUCGAUGAUGACGAUGGGGUUGCCUGACUGCGGCAACCGGACCUGAAUGAAAUGAUUCCCCUCUG